CAAAUUUAUUUCAAUCAGCGAGUGAGAAGCGAAUGGGUGCAGAUAUAUUCACAUUUUCUCGGGCACCAGCUGGAAAGGGUGUAUUAAGAGAGGUCUGCAUCGGGGAACUUCCGGGUGGAUUGACGGUGGAGGACGGUGUGAAGUUGUUCGUCGGUUCGAUCUUUUUGGAAAGAAAUACGUGAUUAAACAUUAAUGUCUGAGUUUAUCAGUGAAUUUUCGAAUAUCUAAUGGGAAGGAUGCUGGUCGAACAGAUGGUGAUGCCCAAGUCGCGGAAGCGAAAGCGAAGCAGAGGGCGCCACCAUUCGUCCAGUUCGCAGAGCUCUUCUGAAAGGCUUGGUCUGGGCGGCCGAAGGAGGUUCAUUGCCAUAGCACGCAAUGCGCCAUCAUCGGCACAAGAAAUGGCAACUGUCCUCGCUAGUGAGUUGAGGCCGGAGCACAAGCUGCCCAAGAAAGAGAUAUGGGUUACCCCCAGGCCACAGUUCCUCAAGUUACUACGAUCAGUUGGAGCUAACGGCAACACAUUCACAGCCAAAGAAGUACUCUCUUAUCUGAUCAAAUACAUCAGCUCAAGGCAGCUAUAUGAUCCCAACGAUCCCAAGAAUGUAUUCUGCCACUCAGACCCCUUAGGUCAAGUCUUCAAUGUCCAUUCAUUCACAAUCAAAGAUGCCAAGAGGUUACUCUUUGAGAACAUGAAGGUCCUUGACAAACCCCCAGAGCUACCCACCAUUCCAAGAAUGCAAUCCAUGCCUGCAACCAUGAAAGAUUGUUACAUCACCUUCCGCAAUAACCAAGAGCACGACCAUGAAAUAGCUCCGGCACCUCCCUACCACCCCCUGCCCCACCUCUACACCCAGCCGACACCUAGAUCUGCCUUCCAAUCAGGGGUCAAGGUCAUGUCAUCAGGGGUUGACGUCGCAGACGGGAUCGGCAAGGGGGUCUUCGACCACCAGGUGAUGGAGACGAUGCUGGACACAGUAUCAGAGGGAAGGGAAGGAGGAACUGAUGAACCAGACGGUGGGAUCUCUGUGACUCCGCCCCCUAAACCACACCCCUCUUCCAGUGAAAACUGCCACGGAGGGUCCCUCUCUGAGAGUAGUCAGAGCCUUGGGCUUCUGGGGAAUACCCAAUUCCCUAGGAGGAAAAAGCAUCCGAAGAGAAGACAUCAGAAACAAGUUAUGGACAGGAAAUCUCGCUCUCGAUCUGAGUCGUCCAGCCUGACCCUAGCCUCGAAGGCAAGUCAAAGGUCAUCCUCCAAGAGGUCAUCGCAGAAGUCAUCACUAAAAAGGUCGUCAGGUCGAGGAGAUGUGGCUGAUGGACGGAGUCUGGAGGAUCGGCCGUGGUACUGCGUAUACUACGAUGCCGGAGAAGACGUGAAGUCUCAGAGCAGUGAAAUCUACAGUGUGCAGGGUAAGGAGACGGCCGUUGUGACGGAUACCUCUGAUGAUCUCUGGUUCAUGGAUGAUGAGCGCUUCUCUGUAGAGUACGAGGUGGAGGAUUCCGAGUCAGAACUAGAAAGCAAUGACGCAUUGUCAGACUCCACCACAACAGAGGCUGAGAUCUUCGUAGAGGUUGAUGACCUGGGUAGUUCUAGUGAUUCAAGGUUUGCAGAUGAGGAUACCACAGACUCUGAAAUACCUGAAGAGGAUAAAUGGAAGUGUGCUGAGUGCAGCCAAGUAAACAACCCCAUGCAUGGCUACUGUUCUUUCUGCUGGGCUAGGCGGUCUGGCUGGCUUGCCGAUGAAGACAGGAAGAAUCCUACCGAGAGGUUAGGUGACAAGCAUGUACUCAGAAGAGCCUUCUCAGCACCUGCUGGAUGUCAUCUUGACACCAUCAAUCAAGCCAGCAUCCCAGGUGUGGUUUCAUCUCCAGCAGACCAUGCACCCUGUGCAAGCGACGAAGCCGGUACAGGACAUCAAACGGCAAGACCGCACCGCUUCUACUCCCCGCCCCAAGAUUUUGCAGACGGGGGGAAGAGUGAUGGUGAAGAGGACCAGCACCAGAGCAACGUCCAGGAGGAAAGGCACGUCUUCUGUCAGAUAUCCUCACCAGGGUUGACAUCGUCCUUGAGACCUGUUCAAGGGAUCUGGAGCCAGGAUGUCAAGGUACCUACGACUUACCUUACCACAGUUCACGAGGCCUCUGAAGAAGCGAUUCCUGCAGACCUUCAUAGACACACUCCUGCAGCCUGUACUACCCUAAUGGGGGGUGCGAUCCAGGGGAACGAAGAUCAGGGUGUCGGGAGUGAUGUGUCCCAAAACACUCCAGGAGUUUCCGACACUGUGUCUCACCACUCUAGCGAUAGCUCUGGGGAUGUUGCAGGAUGUACUCCAAGGAAGAGAAGAGCGUUACUGGUCACUAGGGAAGACUCUGGAGUAUGCCUCAAGAGACAAUCCUCUGGACACUCUGGAAUGGAUGAAGCUCGACCAGUUAUCAAGGGUAUUGUUCCAGUGACCAAUUAUCUGGUCCAGGCAACACCAACUAUCACACCAACAGGCUGUGGACAUGAGAAGAUGAUUUCACAGGUACCAUGUCAAACAAGUUCCAGUGGCAGUUCAUCUUUGGCAGGGGCACCAAUGGCCACCCACAGUGUGUGUAGGACCCCAGUUAUGUCACUGCUUACUGAAAAGACACUAGUUGGUCCUCACCAAAGCACGUCUCUGUCAUCGGCCCUACACCAAAGCACGACCCUGUCAUCACCCCUACACCAAAGCACGUCUCUGUCAUUGCCCCUACACCAAAGCACGUCUCUGUCAUCACCCCUACACCAAAGCACGUCGCUGUCAUCACCCCUACACCAAAGCACGUCUCUGUCAUUGCCCCUACACCAAAGCACGUCUCUGUCAUCGCCCCUACCCCAAGCUCUUAGAACCAAGUCCAACAUCUCUCCUCUGGACGGGAUCGGUAGCGGGUCCUCCAUGGGCAGUGGGGCAGUUGCCAGCCACGCCCAAGAGCUGUGCCGGUUCUGCUGUGUGCGACCCAAGACGGCUUGCAUCAUUCAUGGACGCACUGGACACCAGGUCUGCUGCUACAAGUGCGCCAAGAAGCUAAGGCGACGAGGUAAACCCUGCCCUGUGUGUCGACGCCCCAUUCAGCACAUCGUCAAGAAUUUUUAUGCGUGACAGAGAUCAUUGUUGUAUCCUAUGUAAAGGCGUACAUGGAAAGUGCACAACUUAUUCAAUAUAUCUAGCUUUAUUAUAUGUCUUUUCAUGUGUAUUAGGAUCGACUGCUUCGUAGCAAACCAAAAACGCUUUAAAAAGCAAUCCCUUAGUUCCGUUGACUGGCGUUUAAUCAACUCCCUGUUGAUAUUGCUGAAGAAGUGACUUUUUUUAAAUGUCCACAUAACUUAUGGGUUGGUCUCUAAAAUUGCAUGAGAAAAGAAUAGUAUAGGAUUAUUUAUUCUUAUCCUAAUGGAGUAUUAAAAUCUUUAUUCUCAUUGCUUUGAGAAAUAUACAGUAUACCCAUUGAUCAAUAUUCAAAUGAAAUGUACUGCAUGUGGCAAUGAUGUGGUUUGGGCUCUGAAAUGCAGUAUACAUAUGGCAACGUAAGCAAAGCCUGCAGAAUGCAGUGGAGAUCCCAUCAAGUGGUUGGCUAGAACUGUGGUUGAUACAGAACUUGGUUUCAACUUGAACAGUGGGUUUAGAUGUUGUUUCUUUUUACAAAUAAUAAUAGUUGUGAUAAUCUGGAUAUAAAUAGUGCUUAAUACAGCAACAAUUUCUCAAACAAACAUUUUACAAUCCAACCCACAAGUCCCACAUCUUCUCUAAAAUUAAAAUAUUUGCUAAUUUUGUGAGUGGUCCAGAGUCAUGAAGAUUGCAGGUCGUGAAUAGUUGAAUUGUGGCCCUAAUGUUGCGCAGUACACACAAUCCUUCUUUCUGUGACAGUUGUUGGUUGUGCACAAGGUCUAAAUAUUUGGCUGCAUCUAUAU